CUUUCUGAUUUCUCUUGCUUUUUUCCUCCUGUCAGCAAGCUGAAGCCCUCUUUUGAAAGCAAGGAUGUGGGUGAGAUGUUGGUCCUGUGCUGCAAAAACAUUGUGACACACCCUUCAGCGGAGAUGAUGCUGAAGAUCAGGAAGUCAAAGCAAGCAGCUCAGUACCUGCAGCUUCAGCAAACAUCACUGAAAGCUCUGGGCCGGCUCAUGGCGGUCCUGCUGGAGACAGAGCCCACCGGCAGCUUCUUUCAGAACAUAGUCCAUGUCCUGCGGAGAUCAUUGAUAUCGGAGAACGUGUGGGAGCGCAAGAGGGCCCUGCAGACCUGCUCCCAGCUGUUGGCUGUUUGUGAAGAGCUUCAAAGAGGAGAUGCCUGCGAGCACUUUGGCUCCUUGGUGGGAUUGCUGGCACCUCUGACGUGCGACCCCAUGCCUGCAUCCCGCCAGUUGGCUGUCACCUGUCUGAGCUCCCUUCUCCGAAUCCAAG